ACGGAACAGUUAGCAAAUCGUGAAUUACGAUUUUUGACCUCGAAACGUGAUGAAUUAUCGAAAAUCAAACGUCUGUUGCACGGUUCCAGUCGUGAUCUUGAAAAGGUUGAACAGCUAAUCGAUAAUGACCAUAUGUCAAAUAUCAAGUUAUCAGUAAGGAAACGUAAAUUGUUAGAGCAAGUGAUGAAACAGGAACAAGCGUAUAUUGAGGAAAUAAUAGCAACUGAACGUCAACGACGUGUAACGGAUGGCGUACUUCGGAAAGGUGUGCAAUAUUUGGAAGUCGUUGAAAAGCAACGUUUAGCACAUUGUCAAACAGCACUUGGACGAUUUCAACGGAAAAUUUCUCAAUUAGGACCAAAUUUAAAUAUGAUGUUUGAACGUUGUAUGAAUGCAUUAAAUGAUGCUGUCAGUGCAGAACCGAAUGAGCAAAUUUCAAUGUUAACACCAAUUUCUUCAACAAAUCAUACAAUCUAUUUAUGCGAUUUUCAUGCGGAAAAUUUUGCGGAAGUGAUUGGCGGACAACGACGACGUUGGACAUUGGAACGAAUCAGUGCGGUACUUCAUGAAUAUUUAAAACAAACUCAACUGGAAACAAAUUCAAUCUUACUAUCAUCGGCUAAUAUUGCAAAUUGUAGUUAUGUCGAAUUCUUGGAAUAUUUGAUUUAUAAAAUAAACGAGGCAUUGAAAAGUAUCGAUGGUGCACAAAAUAGAGAAUAUCAUCGAUUAGCGCGUUUUCAGCAGAAACUUAAAGAUAAAAUGGGUUUGGCGCAAACGGUAUUGACAAUACCGUUAGAUGAAUUUGAAAAUGAUGAGAAGCCAUCUGCGCUAAGUUUACCUACAACGUCGAGUAUAGAAGAUGAUACUGAACCAAUUGUUAACGAUGCACGUGAAGCACUAGAACAGUACACCGCUCCGCGCUCAAUGUUAUAUGAUGAAUUACAACACACGCAAAAUACGUCAUCAUCAACGUGUACCAGUAAUAGUGAAACAAUAAAGCGAAUCUAUCGUGUCCUCUAUGAUUUCACAGCUAAAACCGAAGAUGAAUUAGACGUUCACGCAGGUGAUUGCGUUUUAGUGGAAGGUAAAAUUGGUAAUGAUUGGAUGAUUGGACAAAUUAUUUCCAAUAAUCAAAUGAUUAAUGAAACUGAUACUUUAAAAUUGAAAAUAAAUAAUAAAAUUGGACGAUUUCCAACAUCAUAUGUAGCUUCUGCUAAUAGUAAUUGA